AGAAACUUUAUAGAAGAAAAAGGUAUGGUGGAUGACACUUACAAUGNAAACCUGGUUGCUUUGUUUCGAGUACAAGGUACAAGUCUAGAUAAUAUGCAGGCUAUCCAAGUUGAUCAAGUUUCAACCUCCCUGAAUUCAUCCUAUUGCUACAUUCUGCAAAAUGAAGGAUCUAUCUAUACUUGGAUUGGGACUCUGUCUUCUGCAAGAGACCAUAAUCUUCUUGAUAGACUGGUGGAGCUACUUAAUACAAAAUGGCUACCUGUUUCUGUGAGGGAAGGGAAUGAACCUGAUGUUUUCUGGGAAGCUCUUGGUGGAAAGGCAGAGUAUCCAAAAGGCAAAGAAAUUCAAGGAUUCAUAGAUGAUCCUCAUUUAUUUGCAUUAAAAAUAACAAAAGGAGGAGACUUCAGGGUAUGCUACUUCUACAAUUUGAAACUGUUUGUGCCACCUGUUAUUUGAAUCACUAAUACAUUAUUCUAUUAACUCAAUAACAGAAUAUUAUUUCUGAUGAAGACUGAGAUAAGAGCCACCAUAACUAGCACUUCUAAUAAGCAUUUAGAUUACCAGCACUGAGACUGAAAUGCCUAUAAAAUCAACUAGAAUUAAAGCCUUUUUUUUUUUCAUUAGUUCUAUGAACUUUAUAAUAUGGCCUUUUCUUGUCAAAUUUUUCUUUUGCUCACAUACACAUAUGUAUAAUGUAUUAUUUUAACGUGAUUAAUUGUAGCCUUCA